AUGAAGUUGGUGUCUUGGAAUGUUAGGGGACUGGGAGGGCUUGAAAAGAGAAAGGAUGUUCGCUCGUUGGUGCAGGAAAAGCGUCCUUGGAUUUUAUGCCUUCAAGAAACUAAAUUAGGUAGGUGUGAUGAUGGUUUGCGUCUUGCGGUUUGGGAUGGUCAGUCGGUGGCGUUCUCUUUUCGUCCUUCUCUAGGGGCGUCGGGUGGGUUGAUGACAUUAUGGGAUUCGUCGGAGGUCGAGGUGUGGUCCUCAAGCAGUUUUGAUCAUGUUCUUAGCAUACAUGGCCGUUUUAUUUCUUCUAAUGAGGAGUUUCACUUGUUCAAUGUGUAUGCUCCCUGUAACAGUAAUGAUAGACAAGUUUUAUGGGAUUCUUUGUCGAGUCGUCUUCAAGUGCUGCGGGGUAAAAAGGUGUGUGUUUGUGGGGAUUUUAAUGCGGUUAGGAACAGGGAAGAAAGACGUUCCGUGAGUGCUUCUGGAGGUAUGUUGGAUUUUGAAGCUUUUAACCAGUUCAUUGUAGAAAAUGCGUUGUUUGACUUGCCACUGUGUGGCCGAAAUUUUACCUGGUUUAAAGGAGAUGGUAAGUCGAUGAGUCGCAUUGACCAGUUUCUUUUGUCUGAAGACUGGUGUUUAACGUGGCCGAAUUGUGUUCAAGUCGCUCAUCUGAGAGGUUUAUCUGAUCACUGUCCUUUGAUUCUUUCGGUGGAUGAAGAAAAUUGGGGACUGUAA